CCCCGUAUGAUGGAAUGAAUCUUUUUGUGACCAGCAUGGAUAUGAGAACAUUGUCAAGAUGGUUAAGAAUUGCAACAAGGAGCAAAGUGAAAGGACAAGAGGGGGCACCCGCAUCUAUUGACAUCUAAUUUAUAUGUUGGACAGUAUGGUUUCCUGACAGAAGAGUGUAUUGUAUUUUUUAACUGCAAAAUCUUUAUGAAAUGUGCCAUCAGUGCUGGAUUUUAAAAGAUGAAAGGGGACCCACUGCAGAGCAACUCAUUGAAGCUCAAAAUGAUGCUAAAACGUGGAAGUCAUUUUAUGGAGGAUGCCAGUCUCUCAAUAUCUCUUUACUUCUUCAGAUUACUUGAUAAAGAGGUAAUUUUCAUGCAGGUCUCCCACUUGUGAUGUGCCCUUCCUGGCUAGGACGGGUUUAUUUUGAUUUCUAAGCUUGGUACUGUCAAACUCCAGCCAACAAACAAAAACAAAAAGAAGCUGAUUUUUGGAAAAGAAGAUGCCACGGAAAAGGAAAACUGGUGGGAGUCCUUCUCGGAAAAGUGGGAAUUUCGACAGGACUGCUUUUGCCAUGUCACUUCAUGGGAACCCCAGACUUUCAAUACCACAAGCAAUGUACAGUGUCAAUAAGGAAGAGCUCUUCAACAGCAUGUCAGAAAUGUUUUCCGAUCUGGAUCCUAGUGUGGUUUAUAUGGUUUUGUCUGAAUGUGAUUUUAAAGUAGAAAGUGCUAUGGAUUAUCUGCUUGAACUGUCCACCCAUGCAAAAGGAGUAGCAUCUUCAAAAAUCGCAAGUUUUGACCCAGUUGUAUCAUCAGUAGCUCUUGUGAAUCAGCAGAGAUCUGAUACAAAUGAAAGAGUGAAGGAAAGUACUGCACAAGAAAAUAGUUCUGAAGGAAGAGAAGAGGUCCUAGCACAUGAUAUGCAGCUGACUGAGGAACUGGAUUCCUUAAUAGAGAAUGCUUUUGUGAGGUACAGCUUUGGAGAUGAAUUGCCUGAUUCUGCAGACGACCAAAUCAUACAUGAACAUGCUGUGGGCCAGGACAAUUUUAGUGCAUUUAUUGAUUUUUCUGAGUGGGAAAAACCUGAUGCUGGUUGCAAUGCCCUGUUUCCACAGGAAGUGGAGAUGAAUAAUGAGAGUUUCGAAAACUUGGGCUGUUCUCAGCCACCUGUGCCUAUGAGUGAGCUGAGCAUCCACACAGGCGUUAGUUCUCCAGCUGAACUGGACCCUUUUGCACAGGCGCUGGGAGAUCCUGGUUUGUCAGAAAUGCCGGAUGUAGCUCCAGAAACCUAUAAGCAAUGCAGUGGAGACGUGCCGUGUGGGAAUUCCCAUCAGAUACAAAAUACUGUGUCAGACCCUGAAAAUGUGACCGUGGCUUCUGGUGGGGCCUUCCAGAAACCUGUGGAACAGGUAAUGGCUGUCCCUGAAAAUCCUAACUCCGCAUGCCUGGAACAGCACAGAUUGGAAAUGGAUGCCUGCAGCAGCAGCAGCCAGAGCUCUUUUCUGCCGGAGGUGAAUGUCUCUCUUGAAAAAUCCAAUUUCAAAACACCAGAAUUUGCAGAUUUUCAGCAAUCUCAGCAGGGACAUGAUGUCAAUUUUUCUGCACCGCCAUCUCAACCUCAGCAGCAUUGGAAUCCCUUGGCUCCCCAGUUUUAUCCGUCCAGUGGAAGUCACAGCUUUGUAACUCCUGUGGCUGCUAGUCCGGGCCAGUGGAGACCUUUUUCAGACUAUAAGACUUUUGAAAUGAAAGGACUUUAUUUUUCCUCUCCUGUGGUUUCCAAUGCCUGGGAUAGCAAUGCUUCCUUGAAGGUAUGGGGAAAUCAAGAUAGAAACUCAAAAUUGAACCACUCGCAAGCACAGCAGCCACCCGUUUGUCACAUGAUGAGAAAAAAGAUGCACCUUAUAGGUCAAGUACUUGUUCUUCUCAGAGGUGUUCCAGGAUCAGGAAAAUCAUUUUUGGCAAGGGCUUUGCUUGAGGAUAAUCCAGGUGGGAUCAUUCUUAGUACUGAUGAUUACUUCUACAAAAAUGGACAGUACCACUAUGAUGCCAGUUGCUUGGGGGAAGCCCAUGACUGGAACAGGAAACGAGCUAAAGAAGCAUUUGAAAAGAGAGUGUCUCCUAUAAUAAUAGACAACACAAACAUACAAGCGUGGGAGAUGAAGCCCUAUGUUACUUUGGCUCAGCAGUUCAAAUACAAAGUCAUGUUUCGAGAGCCAGACACUUGGUGGAAGUUUAAACCAAAGGAACUUGAAAGGCGAAACAUUCAUGGCAUAUCUAAAGAAAAGAUCAAGCGAAUGCUGGAACGGUAUGAACGCUGCCUUUCUGUUAGUUCAAUCUUGAAUUCUUCAGUCCCAGAGAAAUCAGAAGCUGCUGGAUGGAGUGAAGAUUCUUCUCAAGAAGAAAGCUCUAGAAGGAGAGAGACCCAUUCUGACGUAAAGGAAGAAAGACCUUUUGCUUCUAAACAGGAGCCUCUUGCAUCAGCUGAAGAUAAAACCCCUUUGUCUGCUACUUCUUUAAUAUUAGAAAAUAAUUCUGCUCCUGGAGGUUUUCAGGAAGAGGAGAAAGAACUGGAAAAGGGCUCAGUGGAACACAGCUCUGAGAACACCGCUGUUCAAGAUGACUUGGAUAUCUGUUUGUCAGAUCGUGAAGAAAAAGUACUGCUUUUUGAGAAAAAAGAAGAAAAGGGAGAAAACAUAGAAGGAAGUACUGAAACAGAAGUGGCUGAGGUAGAUGUGACUAGCUCUGAAGGGGCUGUUUGCUUGCAAGUGCCUCUUCCUGAAAGAGCUGAAGAAGGUAGUGAUAAGAGUGUUGUUGAAGGUGAAACUGAAAGCAGUGAAAUAAACGCAGAACCAGAAUUAACACAAAGGAAUGAUGUUGUUGAAGGUGAAACUGAAGUUGAACAACACAGUGAAAUAAAUGCAGAACCAGAGUUGACACAAACAAAUAAUGUAGUUGAACCAAGCAGUUCAGUUUUGGAUAUGUCAGGAAAGCCAGAGUUACUAAACUUCCUGGGGGAUUGGCCUAUAGAACAAACGAUGGGACAGAGGGUCAAAAGACCUAGAAGACUAGAAAAAUCUUCCAAGACUGAUAAGGAAGGUAAAACUCCUAGUCAACUUCCUUUUGAGUUAGGUAAGGAACAAGUGGGCCUGCCUGAUUCUUGUACAGUUGAAAAAAGAUUGGAGGAAGAGAAUGUGUCUGUUAGUUCAGAUAAAAUUGCCCCAGAAUUACAGAUGGUAGGACACUGGCCUCUCUCGGGUUCUUUAGAACAGAGACAGCAAAGGUCGAGGAGAGUGAGGAAGACCAGUCUAAAUCAAUCAGAUGAAGGUAUGAGUACUAAAGAUGACAGUAAUAGAAAUGCUCUUGACACAGUAGAUGUGCUUCGUGGGACACCUGUGGACACUCUGGAGCUGCAGGAUACGAAGAAAUUGCAACCUGAAGCAGUAGCUAGUGAAACAACUACUGAGAAAAAAAAUCAGCAAAAUAAAAGAACAAGGAAACAUCACAAAUUAGCUCUCACUUUUACAAACAAUAAUCUGCCUCCUCCCAGAGCAGAGGAGCAGUUGUCUGUGCUUAUGGCUACAGAAGAGAAACAUGACACGUGCUCAUAUAGGCAAGUAAGCAGCUCUUCACAGACUGAAUCACAGGACUUUGCUCUCUUGUGGAGACUGGAAAAGAAAAUGCUUUUUCCUGAGACUGCCAAGGUGUUGCAUGGCAGACUAGAUGGCUUCAGACCCAAAGAUGUAGAUGGUGCUUCAGAGUCCCAGGAAAAAAUACCCUAUCGAGUGACGUAUGAUAAAAGUACAUUUGUGGAGGAAAGUGAGCUCAUCAAUAUUGAUGAGUCUGAAAAGUUAAGUAUGCUCUGCAAGCUCUUCGAGUCUCUUUCCGUUGAAGCUGUGAAAGAUUUGUAUGAAAGAUGCAACAAAGACAUUGACUGGGUCACAGGCCUGCUGCUGGACUCUGAUGAGAAGCUAUUCAAGGAUGUCAGUACUGAAUGCUUGCAGACAGGGGAAGCUGAGGCCGUUGCCACAGGCCCUGAUUUCAAGGCAAAUGCAAGCUGUGGUGAGAAUCCCCCAAAUCCUCAACAAACCCAGCAAGUAUUUGGGAAAGAAGCUAUUUCUGAGGGCCCAGAGAACAAGAACUCCUUGAUCAGCGUUGCAGAAGGUAGUACUACCACAGUAACUGGGACAGGUGCUGAUAUAUCUGACUCAUUAACUGCUGUCUGCGUGAAUGAUUCAGCAGAACACCAAAAUCCCAGUGAUGCAGCUCCUGGAAUUGAUGCAGCUGGCUCAGCAGCAGAUAUCACUGAACAGACCAUGUCAGAAAUGCAGAAAAUAGACAGGCAGCCUGUGAGUACUGCUGAGGAAACCCAGAACAAGCAGUCAGCUUCUCCGCUUGAUGCAGGUUUAUGUGGACCUGUGACUUCACCUCAUGGUCUUCACACAACUCCUGCCAAUUUGGAAAUCAAAUUAAAUAAUGAAAAUGGCAGUAACCUUUCAGAAAGUGGUACAGAGAAUGGCAAAGUCCAUAAUACAGCUGCUUUGUUACUGGAAAUGGAUCAAACAUCUCAGAAGGAUCCUACAAGUAAUAAAGAACUAGAAUCUGAUAAAGAAACCCAAGGGAGAUCCAGGGAGGUAUUUGGUAAAGAAAAAAAUGAACCUCCAAAUUGGGAUGCCCAGAUAGAAAACCCUUCAGCAGUACCCUCUGUGGCCUUCAAUAUAGACUGUCUAGAGCUAACAUUGCCUCCGGAACUGGCACUCCAAUUGAAAGAGAUAUUUGGGCCUGUUGGCAUUGAUGCAGGAUCACUAACCGUUGAGGACUGUGUGGUUCAUAUUGAUCUGAAUUUGGCAAAAGUGAUUCAUGAGAAAUGGAAGGAAUCGAUUCUGAAGCGUCAGAGGAGAGAAGAUGAAUCACGCAAACUGCUUGCAGAAGGUCCCACUCUGAGUCAGCAGACAGAUACAGAUGACUCAGAAGUGCAGUUAUCACAGAACGCAGACAGUAAAAAGCAGAAUAAAAAUUUGAGCUGGAUUUCAGAGUCAUCUAAUGACAUUCAGACUAAAAAAUCGGCAGCGUCAGAAGCCUUCCCAUUUAUGGAUCACUGGAAUGCUCAGAUUCAGAAAGUUUCUCUCAGACAAAUAAUAUCUGAAGAAAUAGCCAUGCAGGAGAAACAGGAUCUCAAACGAGUUCCUUCCAUGGCAAGAAAAGACUGUGCUGCCAAGCUAAAGGAGAAGCAACUUUUUGAGAUGUUUCCAACCAUUAAUCAAAAUUUCUUAAUGGAUAUCUUCAAGGAUAACAACUAUUCUUUAGAACAGACUGAACAGUUUCUGAACUGUGUUCUGGAGGCAGAUCCUGUAAAAACAGUUGUAGCUCAAGAAAGUGCUCAGCAGAAUGAAACUGUUCCUUUCUGCAGUGCUGCAAAGAACCGUGAGAAGAAGGCAAAAAAAAGUAAGGAAGAGGAAGAUACUCUGAAUGAAAUGAUAUUCCAAGACUUUGAGUAUCCACAAUAUGAUGAUUUGAGAGCAGAAGCUUUUCUUCACCAGCAAAAGAGACAGGAAUCUUUGAAAAAAGCUGGAGAGGCCUAUCGCAUGGGUAUGAAACCUGUGGCAGCUUUUUAUGCACAGCAGGGUCGCCUUCACGAGCAGAAGAUGAAAGAAGCCAACCAUGCGGCUGCCAUGCAGAUCUUUGAGAAGGUGAAUACUUCCCUGCUGCCCAUGAAUGUGUUGGAUCUGCACGGUCUUCACGUGGACGAAGCUGUCAAUGAGUUGUCCAGAGUGCUGCAGGAAAAAAGUGAAGAGCACCAGCGGACGGGCGGCAAACCCUAUCUCUACGUGAUCACGGGAAGAGGAAGCCAUAGCCAGGGAGGAGUUGCUCGCAUCAAACCAGCAGCUAUCAGAUACCUCACAAGCCACAACUUCAGGUUCACAGAAAUAAAAUCCGGCUGCCUGAAAGUCAUGCUGAGUUGAAGGAUUAUUGUGAAGAGAAAAGAAAUAUGGAAACUGAGAUGUCAGGUUAAAGCUAAAAACUUUUUAAACAACUGCAAUAGUAUUUUGUAUUCUGUUUUAAAGGACUAUAUUCUGUUAGGAUUUGUUUCUCUUUACAGUAAGUGGUUUUGUUGGUGUGUUUUCAAGAAAUUUUUAUGUGGCAUGGAUCUGCAAAAAGAUGACACAGCAAUUGAAGUCUCAGAAAUGCAGAUAAGAAUUCUGCUGAGCAGUCUAUACUGUUUUAAAGGGAAGUUAAGGUACAGGUUUCAAAUAUAACUGUCUUCUCAGCAUACAUGACCUGUGACAAUCUCUUGACCUUCAUGUAUCCUAAUUGUGAUGGAUUCCUUGCUUUUAUAAUAUAGUGCCUCGCAAGAAGUCAGCUUGUGAUGAGAAGCUUUGUGCACUUCUCAAGACUCAGAGGAGGCAGGGAUUGAACAACUACUGAUGUUUGAAAUCUAAUGGCGGCUUAGUGCUAAAUAAUAAUUAAAAGGGAACAUAUAACACUAUAGUUUCAUCUCUUAUUUACACAUAGCUGAUACUCUAAUACUAUAAUUUUGCAGGAAAUUCCCCAUUUUUGCAACUAACUGAUGAAAAGAUUUCUUUUGUUCCCUUCUCAAAUCGAGUAAAAUACUUUUUCAUUUUACAGGUAUUUGCUCCUGAUGCAAAUGGCUUUUAGUCCAUGUGUAUUAUAUUUGGCACUUGCCCUGUACCAAUAUAAUUCCAGUUUCCAGUACGGUUGGUAAAUAGGGUUUCUGUCACCAGUGGCAGGACUCUUUAAAUAUAUUCCUUAAUAUCAAAAUGAGUGCUAAUGCUGCAGUAGUAACUGCCUGACUGGACAGUGUGGGAGUGCAGAAGCUGUUCUGUUGGUGAUGGUGUCCAUCAGCAUCUGGAAGCACCUAUUCAAAAAAAAGCAAUUAAUAUGAAAAACCGGUACCUUGGCAAGUGUUUCUGGCAAGCAGUCAGAACAUUUAUUUCAUAAAACUACUUAGAUGCAUUAUGUCUUUAAUAAUACCUUUGGUUAUUGGAAGGCAUAAGAAUUCUCUGCUACACAUUCUUUUAUUUUUUGACGUAGGGUUUUGUUUUUUUUCAGAACAGAUAAUGAGUUGUAUAUAAAGAAUGAUAUUAAUAGGUUAAGGAUUAAUGGGAGCGGGUUUAAUUUUUAAAAAAUCUUUUCCAGUAAAUUUUAUGCAGGAGCUACAUGCACAGAGAAUUUGUGUAUGAAUCCUUGUGUGUGGGCAAGUCCUGCUGUUUGUGUGGAUAGGUUGUAAUAAGCGAGGAACUUCUGUGAGAAAAGCUGUGCAAAGAAAUGGGCCCCUCAGCUUCUCUUCAAAAUACGUCCGUAUAAACUGCCGACAGACUGAAACACGUGAUGUUUCCUGAAUAUCCUUAUUUACUGUAACAUCUACAGUGAAUGGAAUGUAUGGUAGACUUAAAAAUGAGCUUGUUGUGCUUUAACAGAUAAAGUAAUCUUUCUACAGUGAUUUUAAGUGGAAGAAUAGCUUGAAUGAUAUUUAAUCAAAGGGACUCUUACUAGAAUAAUAGACCUUUGUAAUAAGUUUUAUACUUUUUGUGUGUACUUAUUUCAUCCAAAUUCUGUCCCUUCACUUUUUCUUUCUCUCUGGGCUGUCUGGGCAAGCAGUGUUUAAAAUACGAGAAGACCUGCUCCCCGCACAGUGCCAGCAGAGCUGUGUUUAUGCCACUGCAUGGUGACCUGAGCCCACACUCUAUCCUCUGUGACACUACUAAGAUGGACUGAGAUGUCCUUUAGGCAGUUAGACUCAAGACGGCAGUUCAGACCAUCUGCUGUCCUGGGCUGCACGUGCUGGAGUUGCCUCAGUGGGGCUGGGAUGUUGGCUUUGGACAAUCUCUUCCUGAACAGAUACUUCCCCGUGCUCCUUCCUGCAGUCGUGAAUGUGCAGCUCCUGGGGACACCUCCUUAAUGCGCAGAGGUCCCCGCACCCAUGCGGGAGUGUCCCCCAUAGAGCCGCUGGGUGCAGGGAAGGGGCUGCCCUUGGGCCCGCUCAGCGAGGGGCCCCAUUCACCCAGCGUGUUUAGGUCGUGCCUCGCACGGACCAAAUCGGCUUAGGUUUCAGUUCAGAACGCAAGCAGAAGUUGCCUUGCCCUUUUGUUCAUAACAGCCUAGUUGCCGACACGCUUACCCCAGAGGUGAGAAAUGCAGCGUUUUAUCCCCUUCUGACUUAGGAGGGGGAUGACGAUCGCACUUGACUCCUGCUUCUGCAGAAAAUACCCUAGCCAGUGGGCUCACGGGUACCCUUGAAGAUGCCACUUUAUGAGCCUCUUUUGUAAGAGCCACUGGAAGCUAAAAAUGCAAGAUUAAGGGAUUAAGGAGAUUAAAGAAUGCAAACUGCAUAAGGAGUCUCUAAAACAGGGACUGGGGCUUUUGGAGAAGAAGCUUUUCCCACUGAGCUUUAGAUUCCCACUUUCAUAUUAUUUCCUCUCUUUAGCUCUGUUUCUUUGCAUAACCGUUUAAGAAGUGUUGAGGGCAAAACCAUCAGCUCCAUCCCAUGCUGUGAGAAUUUUCUUCCAUCUGUCAAAGACAGUGGAAGACUAUGUAGCAUAAGAUCAAUAAGGAGUUUUUUCUCUCUCCCUGCCCCUCCUUUCAUUAUCCUUUUGGGUAGGCAUUCACUAAAGUGCUCAGAAUACCUGCUUAUAGAUUUAUUAAUAAGCCUUGUGUUUGCUAAAUUGAGCAGUUAGAAAUUAUGCGAUUACAGGCUGAAUGUGCAUGAAGUUUAAAAUCGUAACACAGGCAGAACCACUCCUGCCUUUCUUGAAACCAGAGGCAGAAUGUGCAUCAACUGCAGCAACUCGGG